UUCAGCUCUCUCCAGCUCUUCCAGCUUGUUCGUCCACCAUCCAUCCAACCCCUCCAGGGAGACUGUUUGCACUGUUAGCAAGCUUUUACCGAAAUCAAUCUGUCUCUGCAAUUUUCUGUACAACGCCGGAGAUCUAGUGUGCUGCGCUACCCUUGAGGAGCCCGCGUCACGUCGUUUUCACAGUGCGCCCUGCUCCCGGUUCCCUUGACGAUACAAACAAAACAACAAGAAUGGCUUUCUUUUUCAACCGUGGCCGGACCCGCCAGCCUACGGAAAUUGCCAGAUCGAUUAAGGAUCUCCUGGUGCGACUGCGAGAGUCUCCAGCGACUGCCAAGGUUGAAGAUGAACUGGCGAAGCAGCUCUCUCAAAUGAAACUGAUUGUCCAAGGAACGCAAGAAAUCGAAGUAUCCCUGGACCAGGUGCAAGCCUUGGUGCACGCCACCCUUCAAGAGGAUCUGCUCUAUGAACUGGCCCGAAGCCUUCAUUGCCUUCCGUUCGAGGCUCGCAAGGACACACAGACAAUAUUUUCCCAUAUCCUCCGUUUCAAGCCCCUCAACGCAACCCACGCCGAUCCGCCUGUCAUCUCCUAUAUUGUCCAUAACCGACCCGAAAUCAUCAUCGAGCUUUGCAAUGGAUACGAGCACAGCCAAAGCGCGAUGCCGUGCGGUACCAUUUUGAGAGAAGCAUUGAAAUUUGACGUGAUCGCGGCAAUCAUUCUCUAUGACCAGUCGGCGGAAGGGGAGCCGGCCAUCCGGCUCACGGAGGUUCAACCGGGUGUGCCUCAAGAUGGGUCCGGUGUAUUCUGGAAGUUCUUCUACUGGAUCGAUCGUGGCAGUUUUGAACUGAGUGCCGACUCUUUCACAACCUUUCGGGAGCUCUUGACCCGUCAUAAAUCUAUUGUAACAGGCUAUCUGGCCACCAACUUUGACCGCUUCUUCUCCCAAUUCAACGAAGUCCUUGUCCAGUCGAGUUCGUACGUCACCAAGCGCCAGAGCAUCAAGCUAUUGGGAGAAAUCUUGCUCGAUCGCACCAAUUACAAUGUGAUGAUGGCGUACGUUGAGAGCGGCGAGAACCUCAAGCUGUGCAUGAAGCUGCUACGAGACGAUCGGAAGAUGGUCCAGUACGAGGGCUUUCACGUGUUCAAGGUGUUUGUCGCGAACCCGAACAAAUCGAUCGCGGUGCAGCGAAUACUGAUCAACAACCGCGACCGGCUGCUGAAAUUCCUGCCGAAGUUCCUGGAGGAUCGGACCGAUGAUGACCAAUUCACCGACGAGAAGAGUUUCCUGGUCCGCCAGAUCGAACUCCUCCCCAAGGAGCCUGUCGAACCGACGCGGUCGACUCGCGAGGCCUCUCGAUCCGGUGUCAACACGGCUACUGUAGCCUGAGAUUAGACGGGUUCCAAGCGGCGACCAUUGGCAGGGGCUGGUCAAUCAUCCACUACCCCGUGUCAUUAUGCUCUUUCCCCCUGCUUUCUAUUGUUGAUUAUUGGGCUGCUUAGGUCCUUUGCGGCGGACUGUGUGCACUGCGUGUACGCUAGGCCUCUGAGCCGCUUGCAUCGAGGGUCAGCUGGAUUCUGGCCUUCCGGGAGUUACAGAGAGUUGAUAUCUAAGGGAAAUUUAAGUUGAAUGUGGAAGCUGGAAAUGGAAACGGGA